UCUCUCUCCUCUCUCUUUCGCUCUCCCCAUUUUGAGCUCCGCUUCUCUCUCUCUCACUCUCUCUCUACGCCGCCACCUCCCUCUCUCCUCUUCUAGGGUUCCGAUCGCCGCCGCCGCCGACGAUCGGAAUCCACCUUAUCCUCCGCCGCCGCCGCCGCUUGGAGAACAAAUGGCGCUGCAAGCUGCAACUUCUGUUCCUCAACCUCCUCCACAAGUGAUUGGCAGCGCCUUUGUUCAGCAGUACUACCACAUUCUUCAUCAAUCACCAGAAUCAGUGUACAAGUUUUACCAGGACACAAGCAUGCUAAGCCGGUCAGAUGCUGAUGGAGUGAUGACAUCAGUAACUACAAUGCAGGCCAUCAACGAAAAGAUAUUGUCCUUGGACUUCCACAACUGUUUUACAGAGAUAGAGACUGCAGACUCUCAGUUGUCUUACAUGAAUGGAGUCUUCAUUGUCGUAACUGGAACCUUGAUUGGGACUGACAAUGUUAAGCGGAAGUUUACCCAAUCAUUUUUUCUCGCCCCGCAGCAAACCGGAGGAUACUUUGUCCUCAAUGAUGUGUUCAGAUUUAUAAAGGCAGACUAUCUGGGGGGAAUUAAUCAACUGGUUGUCAAUGAGUCGGAGAACAAUGGCGCAGAUGGUGCUUUAACUCCGGAGCCAGAACCCACUCCAGCUACGGAACAUGAUAUUGAAGUCAACCCAGUAUCAAAGGGGAUUGCUGACUUGGGCGACGAAGUAGUCAACCCAUCUGAGGACAGUGAUUUUUCGGGGGUUGAAAAUGGAAAUGAUGUUGAUCCACCUGUCCAGGUAACUCCAGGUGAUGCUCAAGAAGCUUCGCAGGCUGCUGCUACUGUGUCUCAGGAGAAUGUGCCUAAGAAGUCUUAUGCAUCAAUAGUUAAAGUGAUGAAGGGGAGCCCAUCACCAGCUCCAAUAUAUGUGCCUGUUACCAAACCAAAUACUCUGGGUCCAAACCCUGAGAAACCGCGGGUUGUGCCAACAACACCCGCUAAUGCGCCAGAGACCACGGUUCCUAACGACAAUAGUGCCCCUGAAAACAACGAAUCUCAUGAUGUUGAGGGUUAUUCGGUAUAUAUCCGAAAUUUGCCUUUGAAUGCAACUGCUGAACAAGUCGAGGAAGAGUUCAAGAAAUUUGGAACUAUUAAACCUGGCGGCGUGCAAGUUAGAAACCAUAAGAUUGAACGCUUCUGUUUUGGCUUUGUGGAAUUUGAGUCGUUGAAAUCCAUGCAAGAUGCAAUUGAGGCCUCACCAGUUCUAUUUGGAGGGCGCCAAGUUUAUGUUGAGGAGAAGAAAACCACAACGCGAGUUGUUAAUGGUGUCGUGACCCAUAGCGGCAACAGUAGCGGGAGGGGUCGCUACCCAGCGGGGCGGGGCGGUUUCCGUAACGACAGCUACAGGGGAGGCCGCGGGGCCUCCGUUGGGAACGGCAACGGGGGAAACUACAAGAGGGGCGAGUUCCGGAACAGGGGAGCCGACUAUGUGGGCCGCGGUGGCUGGUCAAAUCCUGCGCGUGCCGCCGCCGCCGUCGACGGUUAUCAGCAGCGCGCUUUCCAAAACGGGAAUGGGCGGUUUGGGAACCGGCUAAACGGGCCGAGGCAAGCCACAGUCUCUGCCUAGGAGAGGAACAUAGCACGACACGGUAAUUUUGUCAGGGUAGAACCCCUCUAAUGCAUGAUUCUUUUACGCCCCACCUUUUUGAUGAAUCAGAGGGCUCCGCUGCCCCUUUUUCUCUUUUUUGUCCUCUCCCUAUCCCUAAGUAGAGAUCCUCCUAAAUAGAGAUGUGAUUCUUAACUAAAAAAGAACCUUAAUAGUGCCGAGAGAAUUAAUGUUUUUUGAGCCUGGGUUGUUGCAACUGUGGUAACAACUAACAUUCCAUAUUUGCAGAAUAGGGAACCUAUCCUUUUUUUGUUGUUGCUAUCAAGUUUCUAGCGUCUUUUAGAAAAUGAACUUUGAUUU